AUGGAUGCCCUCAAGAACAUCGUCAACAAUGUCCCCGAAUGGUUGGACCGUCUAGACCAGCUCGGGGAACAGAUCGACCAGCGUCAGGUUGAGCUUGCAGCACUGGGCGCUGAUAAGUCGUCGCGCUCCAUCAAGAACCGCGGAUCAACCGAAUCGCUGAAGCUCAAAGACGAAACACCCAAUGAUGCGUCAACACCAGCCGACGAAGCUCCCGCGAACAAGGCGAGUACCCAACAACCCGUUGUCUCUACGACGCCAUCUCAGGAUGGGACAAGAACCAACAACCAUCCUUCCAGCCCUAGUAGCGGAACACCUUCGGCCCUCCAUAAGCAGACUCGACAGGCAAUGGCUUUAGCGCAAGCUCGCGCCCGGGCUGUAGUCGAGAAGAGACCCCGCCCGUCUUCAGUGCUGUCAAAUGAGGAUGACGCUCCGGCCAAAUAUCGCUCACGGAAACUGGUUCUCGUCUACUACGACUCGUUUGUCGAAAGCUUCUUCGAGGAGCUGGUCAAGUUUGUAUCGGCAAGUCGGAAUUUGAUGCGUAAAGCCAAGAUGGCGGCAAAGGUGGCUGCAAUACGCCGUUUGGCAGAGCGAGAGCAGCCCGAUGAAGAUAACACCGGCGCUGGUGACCUUCAGCCAGACACUACCGAUGGUGCUGCCACCGCCUCCGACGCGCUGCCCUCCCUGCGUUACAUGAGCACAAGACGAAUGGGGCCUCCCAACGGUCGAAAUGGCCCUUCGUACACGCGAGCUGGCCAGGGGGGUGGUGCCAUGAUGAGCGAAACCGGGCCAGACGCUUAUGACGAGCUCGAUAAGUGUCUCGAGUAUAUUCAAAACCAGUCUGAACAUGCCGCUCACCAAUUUCUGCGUGAUGGAGAAUGUACGGAGGAAAUUGGCAACAUUCAGCGGCGUCUUGCCGAGACCAAAGAGCUGGCAAUUAAGGAAAUGGCACGAGUCGAAAAGGACGAACCCGAGCUACUGAGGGCUACCAGCGAGGCCAACAAGGUGCGGACUCUUCGGCCGACGAGCAUGCGCCGCGAGCUCACGGCCGGCAAGGACAACAACCCGCCCUUGCCUCCCAAAAAGCUUGAAGUCGACUCCAAUUUUGAGGUGGCGGAAAAGGCGCCAGCCAACCACAAGGCGGUUGCCGUCGACGUGUCCAAGCCUUUGGAGGCGGGCAUUGCGGCCAUCGAGGCGGAUGAUGAGGGUAUCGACGACAUGGAGAUCACACUACCACCCAGGUUGAACUAUCGAUCUACCAGGGCGAUGCGAAGCUGA